ACAAUCAAAUGUCGAAAAUCGUCACUGUCAGUAAGUAAGCUUCACAGUAAAAAAAAACCAAGUAUCAUCUUUUUACGGCUGGAGCUUUUUUAUUUGCGAGGAAACAAAACCCUAUGAACAAACAGAGAUAGGAAUCAAAUUAAACGAUCAGAUCGGUUCGAAAACAUCGAUAUGGCCACAGAUUCAAAAUCGAGCAAUUUGUCCAAGUCGAAGCCUGGCGGUGCAGACAAGCCAUCGUCUUCAAAGCCCAAGUUCGAUUCGAAGAAGAAAGUCGUCGAGGUAUCAAUCAAGACCGAUUCCAAGCACAGAUCCACCUCCACGACUGCCUCCAAAGUGACAAAGAAAACAUCGAAAACGAGCGUGAAAACCACAGCCAAAACCAGGGUGAAGAAGGUUUAUUCCUUACCUGGCCAGAAAUUCGACAUUCCUGAGGAGAGAGAGCCAUUGAGGAUAUUCUACGAAUCCUUGUCGAAACAGAUACCAUCGAGCGAAAUGGCUGAGUUUUGGCUAAUGGAGCACGGAAUUUUAUCGCCGGAGCGAGCCAAGAAGGCGUACGAGAAAAAACAGAGGAAGCAAAAGCAGGUCCGGAUGGGCACUCCGGUAAAAUCACCGCCCCCUCGUGUUCUUACAAAAUCUGCGCCAUCAUCAUCAGGUAAGACCGAGACAUCGCAAAAGAUGCAGUCAGCUCCGAAGAUCAGCGACGUAAAGGCGAAGAAACGGAUACAGAAUGACUCAGACGACGACGACGAUUUUGUGCUGAGCUACAAAAGGAAGAGAGCUUGAAGAGCCUCAUGUUCGAUUUCGGUGCAAAAAUUGUCGAGGAAAUGAAAUUGAGACAUUCUUUACUUAUCAAUUAAUUAUAGCAACUGUUCUAUACGCGGAGCUAUCGCUGUUUGUGUUGUUGUUCGUCGAUUGUGUAUGUCUAUGUAAUGUGGAACUUAAAAGUCGAAUCGAUUCGAUUUGAUCGGAACUGUUUAUUAAAGGUAGCUCUUUGUUA